AUGGCAAUGGAACAAAGAUCGUGUAAAGUCAGAUAUGGAAAUGCUCCAUCAGAUCUCUUACAAACAGGCCUUCCACAGGGAGCUGUCACAAGCUGCAUACAGGCCUUCCACAGGGAGCUGUCACAAGCUGCACUCUUUUUUCCACAGGGAGCUGUCACAACCUGCACUCUUUUCAAUGUUGACAGGGAGCUGUCACAAGCUGCACUCUUUUCAAUGUCUUCAUCGAUGGACAGUUAUGGACGUCAAGUGCUCACUUUAUGCAGAUGA